AUGGCUGUAGCUAGACCUCUUCUCGCAUUCGGCUCGCUGAUCCUGGUCGCUGGAGGCCUGCUCUUCCAAUUCCUGACCAUCCUCACCGGCGGCGUCAACAAGGCUCCUCUCACCAAGUUCUACUUCCUCGAGGCCACUACCGGCGGCAUCCCCAACGCACGAAACCCAUCGCGAUGGACCUUCUUCGCCAUCUGCGGCGCCGACCCUGACUCUGGCAACAAUGCCAACUGCGGCUCGCCUGUCCCAGCGCUGCCAUUCGACCCUCCUAGGAACUUUGGCACCCAGGAGAACAUCCCCGAGCAGUUCAUCGGUACCCACAUGUACUACUACCUGUCUCGCUUCAUGUUUGCUUUCUACCUGAUUGCUCUCUUCUUCGCUGCCAUUGCCCUCGUUUCCGGUCUCCUUGCGCUCUGCAGCCGUCUCGGAGGAUACCUCUCUUCCCUGAUGACCUUUGUCGCUCUCUUCUUCCAGACGCUCGCCGCAGCUCUCAUGACCGCAUGGGUAGUCAAGGGCCGCGAUGCCUUCCGCUCCGCUGGCUUCGAAGCUAGCAUCGGCAAAUACCUCAUGGGUUUCACCUGGGCCGCCGUCGCCUGCUACUUCCUCGCCACCGUCAUGUUCUGCCUCGGAGGCCGUCUCGGCGGCGACCGCUCUUCCAGCAUGCGCCGAAGCCGCUCGACCAAGUCAAACCGCAGCCGGGGUAGCUUCUUGGAUACCGAGUCCCAGCGCAAGCCCAGGGAUUACUCUCCAUAA